AUCUCUCCAACAAACCCUAAAUUUGAAAAGAAGCCCUAAAGGUCUUCACUCACAACGCCUCUAUAUAAGCUACCGCAACUCCAUUGUAGGAAAGUCGGGGCGGCCAACCCAAAACCCUAAUUUCCCCAGACGUAAGAAGAAGAAGGAAAAGAAGAAAUGGCGGUGCCGCUUCUUAGUAAGAAGAUCGUGAAGAAGAGGGUCAAGAAGUUCAAGAGACCCCAGAGCGACCGCAAAAUCUCCGUCAAGACAAACUGGCGUAGACCAAAGGGUAUUGAUUCUCGUGUAAGAAGAAAGUUCAAGGGAUGCACUUUGAUGCCCAACAUUGGUUAUGGUUCAGAUAAGAAGACUCGUCACUAUCUUCCAAAUGGCUUUAAGAAAUUUGUUGUUCACAAUGUGGGAGAGCUUGAACUGUUGAUGAUGCACAACAGGACAUACUGUGCUGAGAUUGCCCAUGAUGUUUCCACAAAGAAGAGAAAAGAGAUCGUGGAACGAGCAGCACAGCUUGAUGUUGUCGUUACUAACAAACUUGCCAGGUUGCGUAGCCAGGAGGAUGAAUGAGCAUAAACUUGUACCUGUUUAUGUUUUUCUUAUAAGCUUUGGAUAAUUUGUUAGAUGGCAAUCACAUUCACAAUCGUGAUUUUUGUUUGUCUUAGAAAUUAAAAUUGCACUUACAAUUAUGUCAAGAUAUUUUCGUUUUUUUAAAAAGUACUUUCAUAA